AUGGGUGGCGGUCCGGAUAAAGAACAUCUCCUCAUCGCGCUCUGGGAGCCCGAACCGAAGCACAUCACCGCCGAGAUCAAACGACGGUUCCCCUACAUUGAGAUCACGUACUUGGAGCUGGAGCUGUCGUCCAAUCCGUGGGGAGGGGAUAUGACGAAGGGUGUCCCGACAGAACUCUGGAAAACAGCCACCAUCCUGGUCACGCUCGGAUCUCUGCCUGCCAGACCGGAGGACGCGCCAAACCUCAAACUCAUCCACCUCUUCUCUGCGGGUGUCGACCACUACACCAACCACCCCAUCUUCACGGACAGCGAUAUCCCCAUCACGACGAGUUCGGGCAUCCAUGGGCCCCCGAUCUCCGAAUGGAUCAUCAUGGCCACAUUGGUGGCCAGCAAGCACUAUAACGUGCUGUACGAGGGCCAGAAGGCGCACCGAUGGCAGCAUGAUCGGAAACUCCUGAUGAGCACGACGGACUGGGUGGGCAAGACGGUCGGCAUAGCCGGGUAUGGAAGUAUCGGGCGGCAAGCCGCCAGGAUAUUCAACGCCAUGGGCGCCCAUGUGCACGCCUACACGGCGAGUCCACGGUCCACAGCAGACUCCCGAAAAGACAAAGGCUACAUCGUCCCCAACACGGGCGACCCAGACGGCACGAUCCCGCGAGCAUGGUACAGUGGCACGACGCGGGCGAGCCUGCACACGUUCCUGGCCUCGGGACUGGACGCGCUGAUCAUCGCCCUCCCACUCACGCCCGCGACGCGCCACCUCUUCGGCACGGCCGAAUUCGACCUCCUCGCCCGCAGCAACCCGCCCGCAGACCAGCCGGGGAAGAAAUCUCGCUCGGCUUUUGUGAUCAACAUCGCGCGAGGCGCGCUGAUCGACCAGCCCGCCCUGGUCAAGGCGCUGAAUGAGGACGUCCUCGUCGGCGCCGCGUUGGAUGUCGCCGACCCGGAACCCUUGCCGGCCCAGGAUCCGCUUUGGACGGCGAAGAACUUGGUCCUCACGCCCCACGUCAGUGGAUUGGGGAGGGAGUAUAGUGAGAGGGCGUAUGAUUUGUUCAUCACGAACUGGGCGAGGAGGGAGCGUGGUGAGCGCAUGUUUAAUGUCGUGGAUAGGAGGAGAGGGUAUUGA